GUCGUGACGUCUGAACAAGAGGACGCGGGUCUUCCCGAGAGUGCGCAGUCGGGUCGGUCGGUCGGCUGGCUGGCCGUGAGCAGUCAGACUAGGCCCGAGACUGGAAGCGACGCGGAGAUGGGGGCGGCGGCCGCCGAGGCCGACCGCACUCUGUUCGUGGGCAACCUGGAGACGAAGGUGACGGAGGAGCUCCUCUUCGAGCUGUUCCACCAGGCUGGGCCAGUAAUAAAGGUGAAAAUCCCAAAAGAUAAAGAUGGCAAACUGAAACAGUUUGCAUUUGUGAAUUUCAAACACGAAGUGUCCGUUCCUUACGCCAUGAAUCUUCUCAAUGGAAUCAAACUUUUCGGGAGGCCUAUCAAAAUUCAGUUUAGAUCAGGGAGUAGUCACGCCUCUCAGGAUGCCAGUAUGUCAUAUCCCCAGCAUCAUGUUGGAAAUUUAAGCCCUACCUCCACAUCUCCUAACAGCUAUGAAAGGAUGGUGGGUAACGUAACUCCAUCAGCACAGAUGGUCCAGAGGUCCUUCUCUUCUCCAGAAGAUUAUCAGCGGCAAGCAGUAAUGAACAGUGCUUUCAGACAGAUGUCAUAUGUUGGGAAAUUUGGUUCUCCACGUGCAGAUCAGUCGGGAUUUUCGCCGUCAGGUCAAUCACACGCUCAUACCUUUAACCAGUCUUCCAGCUCCCAGUGGCGCCAAGAUGCACUGUCAUUACAGCGUAAAAGACAGAAUUCUCACCCCUACCUAGGAGAUAGACACUGCAGCCGUGAGCAGCGCUCUGAUCAUGGGUCUGACUAUCAUUACAGAGGAGGCCGAGAGGACUACUUCUAUGACGACAGGAAUCAUAAUGGAUGGAGCCAUGACUAUGAUAACAGAAGAGACAGUAGUAGAGGUGGGAAAUGGCCCUCAUCUCGACACUAACAAGCAUUCCAAGGACAUUGUUUACAGGGCCAUUUUAGGCCCUUUUAAUUAAGUUGUUCUGAAAGUAUUUCUAAAAACUGUACACAGUAGCCCCACAAUUUUCCACCUGUCUUUGAAAAAAUUUUUUGAACCCAGCAGCAGUUCAUACAGAACUGGGAACUGUGGCUCCACAUUGUUACUUAAGUACCUUCCCUCGGGGUUUCAGAAGAGCAGGAUUUUAUGCAAGAGAACGGGCCACCAAUCCAGUCAUUUCAGCCUAGGAAAGAUGAACUGUAUAGAUUGGUUGAUUAUAAAGCAAAUGUUUGAGUUAUUUCAUCCUUUUGUGUUGCAAGAAAUUUCUUGGUAAUGAAAUCAUUUUGGUGUAUAUAGUAGGAAACAUCCAAGUUGGUAGUCUGAAAUGACUAUCUGCAUUUUAUUAAUAAAUGAGAAAAUAGGACUUCUCAGUGAUUGUUUUAUUAACAAUUUAUUUAAAACAGUUUAUUGGUUUUUGGGAAUAAAUUAUAUUUUCUAACUCAGAAUUGAAGUACAAAUUCUGUGGUAUGCUCUUGAAUUUUAUCACAAUUAAACAUACAUUAUAAUUCUAUACAAGUUCAUUCUAAGAACUUUAAAAUUGUUUCAUUAAAUUAUAUUUGAUGUAUGACUAGUCACUCAGGAAGUUAAAUAUCUACAUGUAUAUUUUUUACAUAAAAAGAGUGUUGAUGAAAAUUCUUAGAGAAACAACAAUGUUUAAUACAUAGAUAAAAUGGCAAAUGUGGGAUUAUAAUUUUGAAAUUUUGUUUAACAAAACUUCCAUGUUUCAAGAUCCUGUUGCUCAUUCACUGCAAGUCAUUUUUAAGAAUUUAUUCUGUGAGAAAUGUGGAUCCUCUUUAUACCACAGCAUUUAUACUAUGUUCCUUUUUAAUAUAUUAAAUACAUACAAAGAGAA